AUGAGCUUGUGUACGACUGUUGGCGAUUAUACGGUAAGCUUAAUCCUAGCCAGUUUCUAUUUUGAAAAUCUGUAAUUUUCAGCCUAUCGUUGAUAGAUUGCCGAUUGUUCUUCUUGGGAAAAUAUUCAAUUUAUUGGAGGCUCGAGAUGUUGCGAAAUUCAGACGCGUUUCAAAAGUAUUCAAAGAAUAUGUUGAAAAUAUGGACAAAACAAACACGUAUGUUUUUCAUGAGCUUGGGCAAACCAAAGUUUUCACGUGAAAUGAAUAAAAUUCAGUCUGAACUCUCUUCAUUUUAUGUUGUCUCUAACACUUGUAUGAGCAUGGAAAAGAAUCUGUAUCAUAAUAAAUUGUGAAUAAUCACAAUCCCAUUCACAACACGUAUUCUCAAUCGAAAAACUUGAUUUUUCCAGAAAACAUUCGCUUCUUAAACUGCGAAUCUUAAAAGACAAAUUUGAAUUCAAAAGAAGUAAUCCGAAUAGAAAUCAAUUUUCAAGUGAAUUUAUGAAAAUUUAUGGAAAUUAUCAACUGAAUUGGUUUCGUUCUCGUUAUGUGUUCUAUGGAGAAUCAACAAUUCUCGAAACAGAUUUGGAUUUAACCAGUUUUUUGGAAGAAAUCCAUAUGUUUCAAUUGAUAAAUCUGCAAACCGAAGAAAACGAGAAGAAACGAGAGGAAAACGUGAAUCAAUUCUGCAAACAUUUGAGAAACAUGGUAGAAUUGCGUGAAUUUGGAUGUCUUUAUGAGCAUCUAAGCAGCAGAGAAUUGGAAUUGAUUUUGUCAAAUUUUGCGACUCAACAAAAUGUAUCAUUAGUGCGAAUAAGUAUCAAACUUCCUUGGUAUGAGCCCGAAGUUAUGAAUGCAAUUUUGAGAUUAACAAAUGAUAGCUUAAAAAUUCGUUUGGGUCAACCGAGUGAUUUCCUUCCCUCGGAACAUUUGGAAGAAACAUGGUUAAAUGGAAUCGAUCAAUUUGUGCGAAAUAAUGACGUAGGUUUUUUGGAAAACGUAUGGAGUAUUUUAUUUUAGCAAAAUGCACGUUAAAAAUUUAUUCGACAUAUGUAUGAACUAGAUCAUAUCAUGAAAAAGUGGAAAACGCAAGACAUGAAAAAGCGUGAAAAAUUAUUGGAAUUUAAAAAAAUAACAGGAAUCGUUCGAGUUUUGAAUCAGAACCUUCAAAAUUUGUUCAAAAAAAUGUUGAAGUUAAUCGUGCUCAUCGGUUUAUUCAAAUUUUUCAAAUUAUUUUUUGCUGAUUUAAACUUUUCAUAACUUUACAUUCUUAUCAGUUUUUUUCAAAAUAAAUAAAUUCAACAAUUUUCCAGGAACCAGUGAAAAUUAUGGAACUAGUUGAAAUCGAACGAUCUACUGGUGAAAAAAUCAUCAACUAUCUCCAAGACAAUUUCUCCAAUUGCAAGUUGACUACCUCAAAUAAUAGUGCCACUAUUCAUAUCAACAAUCGUUCAAUUUGUCUUUCUUACCCAAUCUUCCAAAGUUUCGCAAGAAGAAGUGUGAAUUUUACUCUUUAA